AUGCUUCUCAUGUGGACUUCUCCUCUUAAAGUGUGGCCCUUCCUCAGACAGCUUCCUGCCUGGCCAGAGGAGGAGAGAAAGCUAGGCUGCACCCUUCCCACGCUGCCGCUGCACCAGGGACAGAAAUCUUGGAUAGAAAAAACCUUUUGCAAAAGAGAAUGUAUCUUUGUAAUUCCCAGCACAAAAGACCCCAACAGGUGUUGCUGUGGGCAGUUCACCAACCAGCAUCUUCCUCCUCUGCCAAGUGGAACAGCUAGCAAAGAUGAAGAGGAAAACAAACAGGUGGAGACUCAGCCUGAAAAAUGGUCCGUCAGCAAACACACCCAGAGCUACCCAACAGAUUCCUAUGGGAUUCUUGAAUUCCAGGGUGGUGGAUACUCCAAUAAAGCCAUGUAUAUCCGCGUAUCCUAUGACACCAAGCCAGAUUUGCUGCUUCAUCUCAUGGUGAAAGACUGGCAGCUGGAACUCCCCAAGCUCUUAAUAUCCGUGCAUGGAGGCCUCCAGAACUUUGAGAUGCAGCCCAAGCUGAAACAGGUCUUUGGGAAAGGACUGAUCAAGGCCGCCAUGACCACCGGGGCCUGGAUCUUCACUGGGGGCGUCAGCACGGGUGUCAUCAGCCACGUAGGGGAUGCCUUAAAAGACCACUCCUCCAAGUCCAGAGGCCGGGUUUGUGCUAUAGGAAUUGCUCCAUGGGGCAUUGUGGAGAAUAAAGAAGACCUGGUCGGAAAAGAUGUAACGAGAGUGUACCAGACCAUGUCCAACCCUCUAAGUAAGCUCGCCGUGCUUAACAGCUCCCACACCCACUUCAUCCUGGCCGACAACGGCACCCUGGGCAGAUACGGCGCUGAGGUGAAGCUCCGGAGGCAGCUGGAAAAGCACAUCUCUCUGCAGAAAAUCAACACCAGAAUGGGGCAAGGUGUGCCCGUUGUGGGCCUCGUGGUGGAAGGAGGCCCUAACGUGGUUUCCAUCGCCCUGGAAUACCUCCGAGAGGACCCUCCAGUCCCCGUGGUGGUUUGUGACGGCAGCGGCCGGGCCUCGGACAUCCUGUCUUUUGCACACAAGCACUGUGAUGAAGGAGGGAUAAUAAAUGAAUCCCUCAGGGAUCAGCUUCUAGUUACCAUUCAGAAAACAUUUAAUUACAACAAGACACAAUCACAUCAGCUGUUUGCCAUUAUAAUGGAGUGCAUGAAAAAGAGAGAACUCGUCACCGUGUUCAGAAUGGGUGCUGAGGGUCAGCAAGACAUAGAGAUGGCAAUUUUAACUGCCCUGCUGAAAGGAACAAACGCAUCAGCUCCGGACCAGCUGAGCUUGGCGCUGGCUUGGAACCGCGUUGACAUAGCACGAAGCCAGAUCUUUGUCUUUGGGCCCCACUGGCCGCCCCUGGGAAGCCUGGCCCCGCCAACGGACAGCAAGUUCAUGGAGAAGGAGAAGAAGCCACCCUUAGCAACUGUGAAGGGGGGCAGAGGAAAAGGAAAGGGCAAGAAGAAAGGGAAAGUGAAAGAGGAGGUGGAGGAAGAAACUGACCCCCGGAAGAUCGAGCUGCUGAACUGGGUGAACGCUCUGGAGCAAGCCAUGCUGGACGCUCUGGUCUUGGACCGAGUCGACUUUGUGAAGCUCCUGAUUGAAAAUGGAGUGAACAUGCAGCACUUUCUUACCAUUCCAAGGCUGGAAGAACUUUACAACACGAGACUGGGUCCUCCAAACACCCUUCAUUUGCUGGUGAGGGAUGUAAAAAAGGGCAACCUGCCGCCUGAUUACCACAUCAGCCUCAUAGACAUAGGCCUGGUGCUGGAGUACCUCAUGGGCGGGGCCUACCGCUGCCACUACACUCGGAAGAGCUUCCGGACCCUUUACAACAACUUGUUUGGACCCAAAAGGCCUAAAGCUCUUAAACUGCUGGGAAUGGAAGACGAUGAGCUUCCAGCCAAAGGGAAGAAAAAGAAGAAGAAGAAAAAGGAAGAAGAGAUCGAUAUCGACGUGGAUGACCCCGCUGUGAGCCGUUUCCAGUACCCCUUCCACGAGCUGAUGGUGUGGGCUGUGCUGAUGAAACGCCAAAAAAUGGCAGUCUUCCUCUGGCAGAGAGGCGAGGAGAACCUGGCCAAGGCCCUGGUGGCCUGCAAGCUCUACAAGUCCAUGGCCCACGAGUCCUCCGAGAGCGAGCUGGUGGAUGACAUCUCCCAGGACCUGGACAACAACUCAAAAGACUUUGGCCAGCUUGCCGUGGAGUUGCUGGACCAGUCUUAUAAGCAUGAUGAGCAGGUUGCCAUGAAACUGCUGACCUACGAGCUGAAAAACUGGAGCAACUCCACCUGCCUCAAACUGGCUGUCGCUGCCAAGCACCGGGACUUCGUCGCCCACACCUGCAGCCAGAUGCUGCUGACAGACAUGUGGAUGGGAAGGCUGCGAAUGAGGAAAAACCCCGGCCUGAAGGUUAUAAUGGGGAUUCUUCUUCCCCCCACCAUCCUAUUUUUGGAAUUUCGGACAUACGAUGACUUCUCAUAUCAGACAUCCAAGGAAAAUGAAGAUGGUAAAGAAAAAGAAGAAGAGAAUGUGGAUGCGAAUGCAGAUGCCGCCUCAAGACAGGGCGACGAGGAGAAUGAGCUCAAAAAGCAGAGGCGUAUUCCCGUCGGCACGAAGAUCUGUGAAUUCUAUAAUGCUCCCAUUGUCAAGUUCUGGUUUUACACAAUAUCAUACCUGGGCUACCUACUGCUAUUUAACUAUGUCAUCCUGGUGCGCAUGGAACGCUGGCCCUGUCUCCAGGAAUGGAUCGUCAUUGCCUACAUUGUGAGCCUGGCGUUAGAGAAAAUCCGAGAGAUCGUCAUGUCAGAACCAGGCAAACUCAGCCAGAAAAUAAAAGUCUGGCUUCAAGAAUACUGGAACAUCACAGAUCUCAUGGCCAUUUCCACGUUCAUGAUUGGAGCCAUCCUUCGCCUCCAGAAACAGCCGUACAUGGGUUAUGGCCGAGUGAUCUACUGUGUGGAUAUCAUCUUCUGGUACAUCCGAGUCCUGGAUAUCUUUGGUGUCAACAAGUAUCUGGGCCCCUAUGUGAUGAUGAUUGGAAAGAUGAUGAUUGACAUGCUGUAUUUUGUGGUCAUCAUGCUGGUUGUGCUGAUGAGUUUUGGGGUGGCCCGUCAAGCCAUUCUGCACCCAGAUGAGGAGCCCUCAUGGAAACUGGCCCGAAACAUCUUCUAUAUGCCCUACUGGAUGAUCUACGGAGAAGUGUUUGCAGACCAGAUCGACCUCUACGCCAUGGAAAUUAAUCCUCCUUGCGGUGACAACCAGUAUGACGAGGAAGGCAAGCGGCUCCCUCCCUGCAUCCCGGGCGCCUGGCUCACACCUGCCAUCAUGGCCUGCUACCUGCUGGUCGCCAACAUCCUGCUGGUGAACCUGCUCAUCGCGGUUUUCAACAAUACCUUCUUUGAAGUAAAGUCAAUAUCCAAUCAAGUGUGGAAAUUCCAGCGGUACCAGUUGAUCAUGACAUUUCAUGACCGGCCAGUCCUACCGCCACCCAUGAUCAUUUUAAGCCAUAUCUACAUAAUCAUCAUGCGUCUUCGCGGGCACUGUAGAAAGAAAAGAGAAGGGGACCAAGACGAAAAGGAUCGUGGGCUGAAGCUGUUUCUCAGCGAGGAGGAGCUGAAGAGGCUGCACGAGUUCGAGGAGCAGUGCGUGCAGGAGCACUUCCGGGCGAAGGAGGACGAGCAGCAGUCGUCCAGCGAUGAGCGCAUCCGUGUCACCAGCGAGAGAGUUGAAAAUAUGUCAAUGAGGUUGGAAGCAAUCAAUGAGAGAGAGAAUUUUAUGAAAACAUCCCUACAGACUGUUGACCUGCGACUUUCUCAACUAGAAGAAUUAUCUACCAGAAUGGUAAAUGCACUUGAAAAUCUUGCGGGAAUUGACGAAUCUGACCUCAUACAGACACGGUCCCGAGCUUCUUCUGAAUGUGAGGUGACUUACCUUCUAAGGCAAAGCAGCAUAAACAGCGCCGAUGGCUGCAGCAUGUACAGAUACCAGUUUAAUGGGGAGGAGCUGCUGUGUGAGGAAGCACCUCUCCCCACGCCCCCAGGGACAGGAUUCAGGAAGAAUGCCUGUUCCUUCCAAAUGAAGGAAAACAAGGAACUGAAAACACAUCUGGCACCAGAGCAUCAGGGCAGCGUCCACCGUUCAUCCCACAUGGGCGCAUCGGCAACACCAGAGUGCAGUCGGUUUGCAUUAGACAACGUAAAGAAUGCUUCGGAGCCCAAAUUAGGUCCAGAUACUGGGAUUUCAGCCAAAGAUGAUGGAAGGCACACAGACUCUAUAAGAGAAGAAACAGUUUCCCCAAGUUUAAAUCAAACAAAUGUUGUGGAUGGACAGAACAAAUCAGAUUUCCAAAAGCCUCAGCCAACAGUGGAAGCAACAAAGGUAGAAGGCACUGUUUCCUGUCCCCCAGAAGAAACGAAAAUGACACGCUGUCACCCUGAUGAAACGUCCAAGGCUCGUAAAACACUGAAAUCCAGAAGCUUUGUAUAUUCUCGUGGAAGAAAGCUGGUCAGCGGGGUUAGCAACUGGAGUGCAGAGCACAGUUCAGUGUUGGACCAGGCACGCCCCUCUGCAGUUCAACAGUGGGCGACAGAAUGGAAAUACGAAGUUCAAAAGAUUGUACGUUCUCGAAGUACAGAUAUCCCUUCCGUUGCCUCGGAAGCUGCAAUGCAAGCUGAGCAUAAAGAGCAAUUUACAGAUACCAAAGAAGAAAACUCUGUUUCUGAAACAACCCCUCAAAUUUCCCAUUUACCUCUCGCUGUUAUUGAGAGAACUGAGAAGGAAAACUUACUGUCUGUUAAAUCAGCCCAAACUUUGGGAUUCCCAGCUUUAAGGUCAAAAAGUUUACACGGCCCUCCUAGAAAUGUUAAAGCCAUUCGGGGCAAAUUAGACAGAACUGGUCAUGCCUGUAGUGCAAGUAACUUAGCAGUUGUGUCUGGAAUUACAACAGAAGAACACAAGGUUAAGCAAGAGAAAACUUCCGCGGAAACUGAAUGCUAAUGUGUUCUGUUUCUUUAGUUUUUAAAUCAAAACCACUGAUGAGUACCAUCUUGGUCAUUGAAACAUCAUCAAUUUCUGGAAUAGUUUUCAUUAAAAAAUGUUUGGCAAUUUGGAGUCAUGAUUAAUUUUAAAUUUAAUGCUAAACUUAAAGUAAUAUUUUGCUAGGGAAUGUUAGUAAACUUAGGAUUUUUAGUUGGAGUUGGAUCAAAUGAAAGUGACAAAUACUCCAAUUGAGAUAAGCUUAAUUAGUACACAAGAUUCUACCCCCUUUUUUAUUUCUGAGGGCUACCAAAUAGCCUAAGAAAUGCCUUUUGGGUGCCAUCAAUACGUUACUUAGGGAGUAAGCAACUGUGUGAAAGAGAAACUGAGGAGAAAGGAAACAUGAAAAAGGGGGAGGGCUGGAAAGAAAAAUGAAAAUUGUCAGGUACAAGAAGAGAGAAGCAGAAAGAAGCCAUAAUUAUCAUAUUUUUAUGGGUUUUUUUGUUUUAUCUUUAAAUGUCUUACGUUUUAAAAUUCCAUGAUGAGAUAAAAGGCACACGAUUAUAUGAGAGAUCACACUGUGAUAGUUUGCAGUACCAAGAAUUUUGUUCAUGUGUAAAAAUAAAGAAGCCAGUAUGUAUAUUCCUGUUGUCAUAUAGUCCUUGAUAGCAAAUACAAAUGUACCUCUGUCUAUGAGAAGGUUGUGCAAAGCUAUGGCUAAAACGUAAAGGACACAUGGUCAAGGUGGAAACUGCCAAGACCCACAGAGACUGUUAUGGCUGAGAACACAGGGUGCCCUGCUUCAGCUUGUAAGUUCAAAGCCGCAUGCUAGUGCUGGGCCCCCAUGCCGGAUCAGAUCCACUCUCUAGGAACCCCUAAGGCCAUCCUACUCCCACCAUUCUUGACUCUACAAAAAAGGGCAGAGAGGGUAGGAAGGGAUCUGCCCUGCCUAGAACAGAAGCCACCGACAUUCACAGAUAUUAGAGUUGACCCCUGGGCCCUCACCAUCCCCCAAGCACCCCUCUUGUGAGGUCUCAGGGGGUCUCUGGAGCACACAGAGAGGACCAGCCUCAUGCCUGGA